GGUUAGUUUCUGCAUACGCAUACGAUUCGGUGAUAAAUAAAUCAACAAUUGUGUGCGUUCGGGGGUGUUUUCUGAAUUUCGUCGGACGUGCACCACCCCCAAGAUGAUCAAGACAAACGGCAAAGCGGACGAUCCAGAGGAGAUCACCAUGACGCCGCAGGAGUUGCAACUUCUCUCAGAGCUUGAUAGUCGGCAGUGUGGAUAUCUCUUGCUCAAUAAUCCAGACAAUGCUAAGAAGAAAACAUUAGUGUUGAAAGCAGUGAAAUAUUUGCAACUAAUGGUCAUCCAGGCAAGAAAACAGCAAAAAGCUCAAGAUACUGAUGUGUCAAACACAAAAAACACUAAAAGCAUCAGUAUAGAUCCAAAAACAUGGGUAAAACUGGGCCAUUUUCAUUUGUUGUUGGAAGAACACCGAAAAGCAUUGUCUGCAUAUCAAAUGUUCUACACUGCACAAGCUGAGAAUCACUGGAAGGACACGGCAUUCCUGUAUGGACUAGGAUUAGUGUAUUACUACUUCAAUGCAUACCAAUGGGCUGUUAAAGUAUUCCAACAGUUGUUGUACGUCUCGCCGAAUUUCCAGCGCGCCAACGAGGUCCACCUGCGCCUGGGGUUGAUCUUCAAGGUCACGCAGGAUUAUCAGUCGUCGUUGAAGCAUCUGCAACUGGCGUUGGCCGAUAAUAAUCCUUGUACGACUGAGAAGGAUAAAAUUAGAUUCCACAUCGCGCACUUGUUCGAAGUGCAAGGGAAAGUGAAGAUCGCCAAGGAGAAGUAUGAGCUGCUGCUGCGAGAGAAGUCGCUGAGUAAUCCGCUGCGAGCUGACAUUUUCCGCCAAUUAGGAUGGUUGUAUCAUUGUUAUGACAUUCUCGGCGAGAAACAUCAGCGUAUACCGUCGGCAAUCAGUUGUUUGCAGCAAGCAAUAGCCGCUGAUCCUUGCUCAGGACAAACGCUUUAUUUGUUGGGGCGUUGUUACGCUUCGAUUGGCAAAGUGCACGACGCUUUCAUCGCGUAUCGCAAUAGUGUGGAGAAGUCGGAGGGGAAUGCGGAUACUUGGUGCUCUAUAGGAGUGCUCUAUCAACAGCAGAGUCAGCCUAUGGACGCACUGCAGGCGUACAUAUGCGCCGUCCAAUUAGAUAAGUGUCACUCCGCGGCGUGGGCCAACUUGGGCAUCCUCUACGAAAGCUGCGGGCAGGCGCGCGACGCGUACGCCUGCUACCUGAACUCGAAUCGCGGUUCGAACAACCGCGGCACCGUCGAAGAGAACCUCGCCUCGAAAGCGCCCAAGACGGCGCUGCCCGCCAUUGGCAUGAAUCCCCAUCUCACGCAACGCAUCAACUUCCUCCAGACGCACCUCUCCAGCGGUCCGAUGCCGAGCAUCACCAACUCGAGACGACAGUUGUUGUCCAUCGAAGAGGCGUGGAAUCUCCCCAUUUCCGCUGAGAUGUCAUCCCGCCAACAACAACAGACCGCUGGUGCGGGCAACAACCGCAACGCGAAUUCACAAUCCUUUCAAAAGAACUACAACCCUCCUGGUGGUGGUAAUGGCGCUGCUGUAGGUGCUGCAGGUGCUCCCCAAGGUCCACCACCACCUUACCCAUCACCAGCCGCAUGUCCCACGAAGAGAUUCAAGCCAGAAACACCCGAAAAGUCAUCACCACCAACAACCACUCCGUCCUUUUACCUCAAUCCGCAACAACAGCAAAUUCUGCAAUGUCUGCAACAACAGAACCCUGCCACGCUUACGCAAACACAACAAACCACGCUGCAACAACUCCAACAGCAAUAUAGACUUAUGCAACAACACCAACAACAGAUGCGUAAUCGACAAGGACAACAACCGCCAAGUAGUCAAAACCAACGUCCGCAUAACAGUAAUCAGCAAUACAAACUACAUCAACCUUCGUUAACUGUUGGUCCUAAUAUGCCCGGAGGAGGACAAUCAGAUUUAGGUGUAUCAGAAGAAGAUAUCAAAGAUCUUUUAUCCCAUAAAGACCUGGCGACUGCCCUAGCGGAAAAUCUAUUGAAACACUUUGGUUCUGAUGAUAUCAAAGAAGAACCAUCGUUGGAUCCACUUUCUACAAAUGAAUUCUCCCCGAAUCAUCAUAAUGACUCUGAUAACAAACUAGAGUUGGAUGUGAAAGGAGUCAAGAGUAAGUCCAAGUCAAAGUCACCAACGCAGGAUAUCCUCGCGGUGAAAAACGAACUGCCAUGGGAGAUGGAAAGUUUAAAUUCAUCAGGGAAGCGACCAGAGUCCGAAUUCAAUAUCAACAUGGACGCGAAGAUGAUUAUUGAGCUGUGUAGAGGUGAAGGCAACAAAGGUGAGAUUAGUAAUUCGUUGAUUUCUGACCAUGCGCCACCUCCAGCUGCGCCUGAACCACCCCCACAGAAACUUAACCAACAACAAUUGCUACCACCUACUCCCUCGGUGUAUCUGGACAAUAAAAAACAUGCGUUUAGUCCACAAUUGCAGGAAUUCUGUCUGAAACACCCUAUUGCUGUUGUAAGGGGACUUGCAUCAGCACUUAAAUUAGAUUUAGGGUUGUUUUCUACUAAAACUUUAGUGGAAGCCAAUCCUGAUCAUUCUGUGGAAGUGCGCACACAGUACCAACAACCAUCGGAUGAGAAUUGGGACCCGCAAUCAGGUCGUAAGGUUUGGUCAUGCGUUUCACACCGAUCACAUACAACUAUUGCAAGAUACGCGCAAUACCAAGCGUCGAGUUUCAAAGAUUCGUUAAAAGCUGAAGGAGAUAAGACUUCCGGAAGUGGUUAUAACCUCUCAGACUCGGAUUCGAAGGAUUCCACGGGUUUUCAACGAAGAAAGAAGGGUUCCCUACCAACACCGCCUUCUAAUAAUGUCAAGAAUGCGAAUUCACCGAAAACUUUAAAGUUUGGCACGAAUGUCGACCUGUCCGAUGAGAGAAAAUGGCGCUCACAGUUACAAGAACUCAUGAAAUUACCAGCAUUCGCUAGGGUUGUCUCUGCGGGUAACAUGUUAUCACAUGUAGGGCAUGUUAUCCUCGGGAUGAAUACAGUACAAUUGUAUAUGAAAGUCCCAGGCAGUCGAACACCAGGACAUCAAGAGAACAAUAACUUUUGUUCGAUUAAUAUCAACAUUGGUCCCGGUGAUUGUGAAUGGUUUGCUGUACCAGAUGCGUAUUGGGGCGCUGUGUGUGCCCUGUGCGAUCAGAAUCAGAUAAAUUAUCUGCAUGGAUCAUGGUGGCCUGUGUUGGAUGACCUACACAAGAGUAAUAUACCGGUGUAUAGGUUUAUGCAACGGCCGGGGGAUUUAGUCUGGGUGAAUGCAGGUUGUGUGCAUUGGGUGCAAGCAGUUGGCUGGUGUAAUAAUAUUGCAUGGAAUGUUGGACCUUUGACAGCGAGACAGUAUAAUUUGGCUAUUGAGAGGUACGAAUGGAAUAAACUGCAGAGUUAUAAGUCUAUUGUGCCUAUGCUGCAUUUGUCGUGGAAUCUGGCGAGGAAUAUCAAGGUUUCUGAUCCGAAGUUGUUUGCGUUGAUAAAGAAAUGUUUGCUGAGGACUUUAAGGCAGUGUGCAAUGACACUAGAGUUUGCUCGAGGUAAAGGUGUUGAUGUAAAGUUCCAUGGCAGAGGGAAAAAUGAAGCUUCACAUUACUGCGGACAGUGUGAGAUUGAAGUUUUUAAUAUUCUGUUCAUCCGUGAGCAAGAAAAACGCCACGUUGUGCAUUGCAUGGACUGCGCACGUAAACAAUCCGCGAAUCUGGAAGGUUUUGUCUGCUUGGAGGAAUACAAACUGGAGGAGUUGAUGGAUGUCUACGAUAGUUUUGUCCUGCAUCCAGCUGUGCCAGCGUCCAACGAAGCCUACCGCCUUCCGUCAUAACUAAUCGACGUGGACGCCGCGUCCGACGCGGACUAAUUGUAGUUAAUUAACGGAUUCGAAAACAACACUGCCACCUGUAACUAAUGUACAACUGUAAAUUUAGAAUGAAUGUUUUGCUUUACGCGGACGGUUUUUCAGUGAUACUACGGUGUAAGAAGCAUAAGCAUGUAUAGAUAAAUAUUGUAAAAAAACUAAAAACGCUAAAAAUUGAAAACGUAUGAGCUAUGAUCUCAUAAAGAUAGUUUGUAAAUAUCACUGCCAGACGACAUUCGGUUCAGUUCAACCUUCAUGUUUGUGAUAUCACACCAAAUUCUUUGUCGUGCUGUACGUGCAGAGUGCCUUUGAACCUGCGGUCGCAUCUCAAAAUUUUCAAAUAUCGAAUAUUAAUGUAAUGAUCACAAAUUAUGAGGACGAGGGAAGAAAGAUAGUAGCGGAGAGAAAAUCGUAGUUGAUAGGGAAAUAUUUUCACAUCGUCAUGACCAACAUAUGUAAUUAUAAACACAUGUAAACAUUUAAGCACCAGGAUGAUGAGUGUGUGUAUGAUCACGGAAUAGUAAUUAAUUUUUAGACUUUUGUUGGAUUUCUUUUGCAUGUCAAAUGUUCAUAAUUUGUAAGUCGACGCGAAGACUUGUGUAAUGUAACGAUUUAUUGUGCUAAGUAAUAUUGUAUGACUUGUAUUUAUGAUUGAAAUCAGUAUAUUCGCAACGAUUAGUACUUUCA